GCAACGUCGGAACUGUCGGAAGAGUGGGCCGUGCCGCAGCUACACCCACAAAAUUGAAUGAACUCCGGCUGUUCAUUGUUCAUUCACCAUAUAUUAUCACAUCCAUUUGACACGACAAGACUCUUUGAUCUACUAAUAUUUCUACAAAAAUGGCUAAAGUUCACGAAUUCACUGUUGAGAUGACUUGCGAAGGGUGCUCUGGUGCCGUCGAAAGGGUUCUUGGCAAACUGAAAGACAAAGGUGUGGAAAAAGUUGAGAUUUCAUUGGAGAAACAGCAGGUCCUUGUGACCUCCUCAAUUGAUGCGGACAGCCUGCUGGAGACCAUAAAAAAGACGGGAAAAACCACAGCUUAUGUUGGGUCAACAGAUGCUUAGUUUUAUGGUUCCUGAAAAUUCCACUAGAUAAUGUGAAAUAAUGUUUAUUUGUUUGAUCCCGUUUAAAUUUUAUUUUUGUAUGAUUAAGUUAGGAUAAAUUCUUGUUACCUCUCAAAACAAAUAUAAUUUUGCUGAUGCGAGUGAAAAAAUAAAAUAAAUUACCAAAGAUUCA